UAUUUAAGGGUAUCAGAGAAAAGGGGGCUGAACACCAGCGUACAGGACCAUUUCACAAAGCACGUCAUGAAAAUCUAGAUAUCCCAGCUCUAGAUAAUUGGACUUUAUUUUUGCAUGUUUUUAAAACCAGGUUUUUUAAAUCACCAUAACAAAAAGUUAAACACUUAAAUACUUAUUUUUCAAUUAAAAAUUAUUGCGAACACAAUACUUACAUUGAUUCAUUUUUUCUACAAGGAGCACCUGCAGAAUAUUAAUUUUAUUUUUAAUUAGGCUGGCGAUGUAAUGCUUUGUUUUAACAGGAACUGCUUAAUAACUUAUAUUAUUUUAAUUACCAUAAUAUCUAAUUACCUGACUGAUUACCAUAUAGCAUCAGUCUAAAUGCCCUCAAAGCAAAUAUCAGGAGUGUGAAAGUUGGAUUUUGCUUUUCCUACAAUAAACCUCAGCUGAUUAUUAAAACAGAAAAUAUUAGCAAUCAGAACCUGACAGGUUCAAUAAAUUAAUUGAUCUGAAAUAUUCCACAUGGUGGAUCUUGGUAUUUAUUUUAAAUUAAACCAUAGUCAGCAGUACUAAUUGGGCCAACUGGGACAAAUAAUACCUGUAGCUGUGGAAGACAAGUGGCCACACUGUCGGCUUCAGUGCCUCUCAGCUUUUGAAAUUGACUGUGAAGAAACGUCUGAAUCAAUACGAGACGUGAGGACUGAAAACUUAAAGAAUUACUAAAAACCAGUGAGAUCAACAAGAGAAAGACAUUUUUUACAUGCCGGACACUGAGGCUGUUUGUGUCCACCUGAUAGAAUAAACACAAAUAGAACACAUUGCUGUUUAAAAGUUAAUUAUUAGACCCGAUAUCAUGCUGAAGCAUUCACAAUCAUCUGGUGCUAAAGAAUGCUUGUGUCAGAUGAUACAAACGCACUCAGGAAAACAGUCAACCAGAUGAUAUCAAACCUGCAGUUAUGGACCGCUUAGGAAACUGGAGCAGCAGUUUUUCCCAAAACACAACACAAAAGGUUAGAUUUUUUUAUUUUUAUAUAUAUGCAAAACAUUUUAAAAAUGCUGCUUUUUUCAUGAGCUAAGAGGAAGUCUUGAAAAAAUGGCUAUAAUUUUAAAGUCAAAAGACAAUGUUGCAAAAUAAAAGUGACCCAGUAACAUCAAUGUCAGAAAAGCUGUCAUUUUUUUUCAGUGUUAUUUUUCUUUUUAGGUUGAUCGUUGUGUGUCUACUGCAGAUCGGAGAGCUGAUAGAGUUUGUGACUCCAUGGUUAGGAUUGUCUCUUUGGGGUGUUUAUACUGGAGAAGGUUAUGUUAUCCACUUUGGGGUGGGAGAUGAAAACAUGCCGCAGCAAGCAGGCCGCAGCUUCCUUCAGCUGAUGGCUCCGAAAUCCAAAGGUGAUCGGGUCCUGAAGAAAACCAGAAUCAGCAGGCAGCACAUCCCAGAGAUCCGAGUCCCUGCAGAGACUCGCAUCAGGGUUAACAACAACAAACACAACCUGACUGCAUCUCCACCUGAAACCAUCUGGCGUCGCUGCGAGACUUUCCUGCAUCAAGAGUUCAAGUACGAUCUGGUCAACUUCAACAGCGAACAUUUUGCCACAUUUGUUCAAUAUGGCCACGCUGUGAGCAACUAGGUUGGUAAAAUACUUUAUGUGGUUCUAAUGGUUGGUUAAAAAAAAUACUUUAAGUCUCCAAAGAAUGAAGGGUCAAAUAUGCCAAAAUUAAAUAUUAUAUUUUAAUUUAAAUAAAACUAGAAGUAAAUAUAUUCCAUAAAUUAAAGCCCAACUAUAUCAAUAUUACAAUUAAUUACUUGACUGAAUAAUUAAAUGAAAUAUUUGCUUAACUUAUUAAAGUCAUAUCUUGGUUAAUUUGUUACUGUGAACCAUAAAAUAAUGAUGAAUGCAGUCCAUCAGUUUGCUCUUAUCUGAUUGGUUAAUCUGCACAGGAAAUCCACUUCAUGCCAAUCAUCUAGAAUCUAGAUUAUUGUGGGCACCACUCAUUGUAUUUAAUACAGGAUAGGAAAAAGAAAUCAUGAUAUACUGCAAAAUCAUUAAUGAAUUAAUUAAAGGUGUAACAAUGACAUUUAAUUAUUUUGUAUUAAAUAAAACUUUUAUAUUUAUCUUUUUUUAGCAGAACUAAUGAAACAUAAAUUGUGGCACUUUUGAUUCUCCAUACAGCUAAUAAGAAAAUAGAUGUUUUCAAUGUUAUGCAACUGCUGAUUAAGAAAUGCCACUUUUUAAACUGCUUUUUAGUUUUAUUUGAGAAGUGUGUAAAAAUCAAAGGAAAAUAACAUACAUUUGUUUUACCAAAGAAAAAAACCCACUAAAAACAUCUUAAUUUCACUGGGUUCUUCCAGUAGAUCCCCUUCAAUAAGAACGAAGCUCAUUCAGACACAACUAAGACUCUCCAAA